AUGUAUCAAGGAAUUUGCGAAUUGAAACUUUAUGCAGAUAUUCCUUAUUCGUCUCAUCCUCUGCAAACUCUCGAUCUCUAUAUUCCUACUUUGUAUGAUGAUACCAGUAAUAAAUUGCCUACACCAAUUAUCAUCUUGAUUCAUGGAGGUGACCCGGUCAGUAGUGACAAAAAAUAUCUCGAGCCUCUAGGAAAAUCUAUAGCAUCUUCGACAAACUUUGCUGUUGCGCUUAUAAACUACAGAUUAAGUAAUACACCUGAAAUUAAAUAUCCAGAUCACAUAAAUGAUGUGGCAACUGCUAUAUCUUGGAUUCAUUUUAAUAGUGAUAAAUAUAGUUAUCGAAGUGAUAGGAUGUACUUAGUGUAUUUAGACAG